AUGCAGGAAAAGUUGACAGUUCAUGACGCAGCAAUAAAGAAUAUUGAAACUCAAUUAGGGCAGUUGUCCAUGGCCUUAAACAACCGCCCCCAUGGAACAUUGCCAACCGACACGAACAUUAACCCCAAGGAGAAAAAUCCGAAUCAGCUGAUGGCAGUAAGUCUCCGGAAUGGGAGAGAUUUAGACAGGGAGCAAGAAGUUGCACAAUCCAGCAGAGGGACUACGCUAGCCACUCCAGUUCCAUUGGAGGUAGAUGAAUCAGCAGAACUUACUGAAGUGGUGGUUGAACAGGUUCAGGAUGAUAAAGGUAAGGCUAAAGAGAGUAAACAAGUUGCAAAACAUGUGGUACCUCUUGUGCCACAGAACCCCAACAAAGAGAAGCCAACAAGCAGUGCACAAAGGACAUGUAGUGUGGUAGUGACAAGACCCAUGGCUCAAAAGAUGUCUGACCCAGGUAGCUUCACUAUUCCGUGUACUAUUGGGAGUUAUGCCUUUGCAAAAGCAUUGUGUGACUUAGGAGCCAGCAUAAACUUGGUGCCUUUGGCAAUAUAUACAAAACUAGGCAUUGGCAGAGCUAGAUCGACUUCGAUGUUGUUGCAACUGGCUGACCGCACAGUUAAAAGGCCGACAUGGAUUCUCAAUGAUGUGUUGGUACAAGUGGGGAAGUUUGUAUUCCCUGUAGACUUUGUUAUUUUGGAUUUCCAGGUAGAUGAGGUGAUACUCAUCAUUCUAAGGAGGCCAUUCUUAGCCACUGGGAGAGCAUUGAUUGAUUGUGAAACUGGGGAAUUAAAAAUGAGGUUGAACGAUGAAGAAUUCAUAUUCAACGUUUAG